AUGAAGUUGAAACUAUCUGCCUCUCGAAAAACCCGUCACACAGAAAUGGUGUGCGGUGUUGGGUGGAUUGGAACAGAAUCUAUUCUUUCCGCCGCUGACGAUCAUCUUUUCUUGCUGACCAAUACGGCAACAAAUGAGUCUCAACAGAUUUUAAGCAUGCAAGAGUCAUUCUACCCUACAUCUUUACAUAUUUUCCCUCGGGCUCUAAAUAAAGGAGGCCAAAACGAUGUUUUCGCAGUUUCCACAUCAGAUGGAAAGGUCAACAUUCUUUCGAGAAGCGGAAAAAUGGAAAAAAUAGUAGACGCUCAUAAUGGAGCUGCCCUGUGUGCCAGAUGGAACUCAGAUGGUACUGGAUUGUUAACAUGUGGAGAAGAUGGAUUUGUCAAAAUGUGGUCUCGCAGUGGAAUGCUCCGUUCAGUACUCGCUCAAUUUGCAACUGCAGUAUACUGUGUUGCAUGGGAUUCAACAUCCUCUAAUGUUUUGUAUUGUAAUGCUGAUCAAUGUUAUAUCAAAUCACUCAAAAUGCAAGUAGCACCACUGAAAUGGAAAGCUCACGACGGAAUCAUUCUAUGUUGCGAUUGGAACCCAACUGCAGCAUUGAUAGUGACUGGGGGAGAGGACUUGAAGUUCAAGGUUUGGGAUGGAUUUGGUCAAAUCCUAUUCAAUUCAUCUGUACAUGAUUAUCCAAUUACAAGUGUGUCGUGGAACACCGAUGGGAGUUUGUUUGCAGUUGGGUCUCAUAACAUUCUGAGACUUUGUGAUAAAUCAGGGUGGUCUCACUCCUUGGAAAAAAUGAAUUCUGGCUCAGUGAUGUCUAUGGCUUGGUCACCAGAUGGAACACAGUUGGCGGUCGGGACAGCAGCUGGACUAGUCUAUCACGCACACAUUGUUGACAAACGACUAACUUAUGAAGAGUUUGAGAUUGUUCAAACUCAGAAAACUGUGAUUGAAGUGCGGGAUGUCAGUAGUGAAGUGUCAAAAGAGACGUUAGAAACAAAAGAGAGAAUAUCGAGAAUUUCAAUUUUAUACAAGUAUCUGAUUGUGGUCACAUCCUCUCAGAUUUAUGUGUACAGCUCCAAAAACUGGAAUACUCCAACCAUGAUUGAAUACAGUGAGAAAACUGUAAAUAUUAUUGUGCAGUGUGAAAAAGUAUUCUUGGUAUCCGAUGGGUUGACUAUCACCGUCUUCACUUAUGAAGGACGUAAACUAAUAAAUCUCAAUCCACCUGGUCAAGUGAUGGCUCUCUUAGAUGAGAGAAAAAUAGAUCUUGCUAACGAUACGCUGGUCGUUCGAGACCGCGCAGAUAACAAAAUUCUUCACUUUUUUGAUCCAACUACCGGGAAACCCCAAGGAGAUGGGAACUUGAAGCAUGAUUAUGAUAUUGUUGAGCUGACUGUUAACCAGUGUGGUCCACUUAACGACAGAAGUGUUGCAUUCCGUGAUCAUAUUGGAGCGGUUUAUAUUGCAAUGGUAAAAACAUUCGGAGUCAGUCAGAGAAUGGUAAAGAUAGGAUCGCUUGUAGAACAGCUGGUGUUUAAUGAUGUGACUAACAUGCUUUGUGGUAUAUCUGAAGGGAAAGUUGCUGUAUGGCCUCUUCCAAAUGUUGCGUUCCUUGACAGAAAUUUAUUACAAAAAUCUCUUAUUCAAAAAAGUAUUGGAAGUGUAGGAAAAUUCCCACAACUUGCCAAUUUUGCUGGUAACACAAUUGUAAUAAGAAAAUCAGAUGGAUGUUUGGUACCAACGGGAAUAUUACCAUUCUAUGGAACACUUAUUACUAUGGGUUCUCAAUCCAAAUGGGACCAGGCGAUUCGUUUGUGUAGAAGCAUUGGCAACGAUACUCUUUGGGCAACACUUGCUGGUUUAGCUGUGAUUCAUAAGAAUAUGAUCGCGAUGGAAAUAUCUUAUGCUGCACUGGAAGAUGAUGAGAAGGUGUCAUUGAUCAAUGAGAUAAAGGAUAAAAGUGAUAAAGAGAUCCGUCAAGCUAUGCAAGUGGUGCUAACCGGAAAAUUGGGAGAUGCGGAUGUGAUGUUGGAAAGGAACGGACAUGGGUUCAGAUCAUUGAUGCUGAAUAUUCAGAUGUUCAAAUGGAAAAGAGCUCUGGAGCUUGCAACUAAGAACAAACAAUGGUUGGAAAUUGUCAUGGGAUACCGAGAAAGAUAUCUGAAAAACUGUGGGCAGAAAGAAACGGACCCCCAAUUCUUGAAGCAUCAGGCGGAGGUUGAAAUCGACUGGGUCCAUAUCCGAGAACUGAUUGCUGCUGAGAGAACCAAAGGGAAUUAUUGA